UGUGCGCUCGUUCGCUGUGUUCGUGCGUGCGACCGGCGGGUGUAGUGUACAGCGUGUCGAAAAAUGGCGGACCUAGACGACUUUUUCGCUAAGAAAGACAAGAAGAAAAGCAAGGGCAAGGUCGGCCCGCGCUUCACCACGGUGGAGCAGGUGGCCCGGCGGCUGGAGGAGCCCCCUGGGCCGGCGGCGGCGGCCCCGCGUCCCCGACCCAAGAAAGAGUCCAAGGAUGGCGAGUCGGGUCAGCAGAGUCACGAGGAGGACGAGUGGCGUGAGUUUGAGGAGGAGAAGAAGGACUACUCCGGCCUGCGCAUCCAGAACAUGCAACUGUCCGAGGCGGACGAAGGCGGCGCCGCUUCCGACAACGACACCGACGCUGCAGAGACUGGCCAACGCGGCGCCUGGCAAUCCGCCCCGGCCGCCCCCAAAGACUCAGACGACGACGAUGACGACGUGGCCGUUCCCGAACCGACUCCUGCGCCCCCACCCCCCAGCGCUGCCCCCACUGGUGCCUCAGCCGGCGGAUCCUACGUGCCGCCCCACUUGAGGAAUGCCUCUGCCUCCUCGCCAUCAUCUUCGUCGUCAUCCUCUGGAAACAUUGGCAUGGGUCGGAAUUCUCGUAGCCGAGCUGCGCCUGAUAUUACCAACGAGGCCUACUUCCCUACACUCUCCUCCACCACUGCAGCUGAACCAGUUGGUGCUUGGGGCAAGAAGAGCCGGAGUCGUGAUGACGAGCGAGGAUUUGAAGACGUGCGGAACAGCAAGAGCCACUCAAGCAGGUUUGAGGGCACCACGGGUGGAGGCCAGCGGCCAGUCGCCAUGGAGAACAAGUUUGCUGCGCUUCGAGGCGCUGCUGACCAGAGCUGAACUGUGAUUGAAUGAAUGCUAACCCAAUCAACUGAAUGAUAGCUGCACCCGCCGCCCCCACACACACAACGGUUACAUGAAUAAAAUAAGCAACGCUUCAUUUUUUCUAGAAAAUCUGAAAUGCCAAAAAAUUGUAUUUUCUUUCCAACUUGCGACCCUUCACGUCACUGCACUUAUCAGUUGAGCUUAAUGUAAACAAAACAAAGUCUUCCUAAUUAUGCGCACCAUUUAUUGGAAUUAAGACUGGCACUUGAGCAUUAAUAAACCACCAUCAAACAUUACAAAAAUA